AUGGGCGCGGGGACAGGGCAGCCGGGUCCGGAGCACAGCCCAGCCAGCACCACUGCCCGGAGCCCCGGCCGGCUGGUCUCCGGGCUGGUGGCCGCCGCCCUGCACUGCACCCCGCCCCCACUGGGCGUCCUGCAACACCAGGAGGAGGCAGGGACAGCAGGCUCCGGAGGUCGUGCAGAGCCGGCUGAUGUCUGGAGAGGCUCAGAUCCCUGGCCAGGCUGGAGGGAAGCAGAAGGAUCGAAAGAGUCCUCCCCAGGCAUCACCGUCCUUGCUCUCCUGCUGCUUCUGGGAGGCAUGUCCUCUCUGUCCUCGCCCCAGGCGCCGCUGCUCGAGAAGGUCUUCCGGUACAUGGAUCUCCACCAGGAUGAAUUUGUGCAGAGGCUGAGGGAGUGGGUGGCCAUCGAGAGUGACUCCGUUCAACCUGUGCCCCGCCUGCGACAGGAGCUCUUCAGGAUGAUGGCUCUGGCUGCGGAGGAGCUCCGGGGCCUGGGGGCCAGCGUGAGCCUCGUGGGCUCGGGCUCUCAGCAGCUGCCUGACGGCCAGACUCUCCCGAUACCUCCUAUCAUCCUGGCCGAGCUGGGGGACGAGCCAGAGAAACCCACCGUGUGUUUCUACGGCCACCUGGAUGUGCAGCCUGCGGCCCAGGCCAACGGGUGGCUCACGGACCCUUACACGUUGACGGAGGUGGACGGAAAACUUUACGGACGAGGAGCAACAGACAACAAAGGCCCUGUUCUGGCGUGGAUGAAUGCCGUGGGCACAUUCCGAGCCCUGGAGGAAGACCUGCCCGUGAACAUCAAGUUCAUCCUCGAAGGGAUGGAAGAAGCCGGCUCUGUGGCCCUGAAGGAACUUGUCGCGAGAGAAAAGGACGGGUUCUUUUCCAGCGUGGACUGCAUUGUAAUUUCAGAUAAUCUGUGGGUCAGCCAGCGGAGGCCGGCCCUCAUCUACGGAACGCGGGGCAACAGCUACUUCAUGGUGGAGGUGAGAUGCAGAGAUCAAGAUUUUCACUCGGGGACCUUUGGUGGCAUCCUUCAUGAGCCGAUGGCUGAUUUGGUGGCUCUUCUUGGCAGCCUCACAGACUCGUCCGGGCGUAUUCUGAUCCCCGGAAUCUACGACCACGUGGCUCCUGUCACAGAAGAGGAGAGGGACAUGUACAGCGCCAUUGAGCUGGACCUGGAAGAAUACCGGAAUAGCAGCCAGGUUAAGACAUUUCUGUUCGACACCAAGGAGGAAAUUUUAAUGCACCUGUGGAGGUACCCAUCUCUCUCCAUUCAUGGCAUCGAGGGUGCGUUUGAUGAGCCUGGAACUAAAACAGUCAUACCUGGUCGAGUUACAGGGAAAUUCUCCAUCCGUCUGGUCCCUCACAUGAACUUAUCUGUGGUGGAAAAACAGGUGAAACAGCAUCUCCAGUAUAUAUUCGCCCAAAGAAAUAGUUCCAACCAGAUGGCUGUUUCUAUGGUGCUGGGGCUACACCCAUGGAUUGCAAAUAUUAAAGAUCCUCAGUAUCUCGCAGCAGAAAGAGCUAUCAAAACAGUGUUUGGAACAGAACCAGAUAUGAUCCGGGAUGGAUCAACCAUACCAAUUGCCAAAACCUUCCAGGAUAUUAUCCAGAAGAGUGUGGUGAUGCUUCCCCUGGGUGCCGUUGACGACGGGGAGCACUCUCAGAAUGAGAAAAUCAACAGGCGGAACUACAUAGAAGGAUCCAAAUUAGUUGCUGCCUUUUUCCUAGAGAUGGUUCAGCUGCAGGAAGUGGCAGGAACCUCCCCUUAG